CCUAUGAUGGAUUCUUUGGUCGCUACCCCUAUUGCUAUGGCUACUGGAAGAAGUAUGCUGACCUUGAAAGACGCAAGGGUACCAAGGAAACAGUUAUGAAGGUGUUUAACCGGGGAUUGGAUGCGAUCCGACUAAGUGUUGACCUGUGGCUUCACUUCAUGGAGUACAUCACAUCGCAGUACCCUGAUGAUGAGGCAUUCGUGAGGCAAGAGUUUGAGCGUGCCAUUGAAACUUGUGGCCUGGAGUUCAAGUCAGACAAGCUGUGGGAGGCAUACAUAAAUUGGGAGAGUGGUGGUAAGAGAUGGAAAAAUGUUACACAGCUGUAUGAGAGACUUCUAGCUACUCCAACAAGUAAAUACAUGCAGCACUGGCAAAAGUUCCAGGAGCAUGUGAAAAAGCACCUGCCGAGUGAAGUUGUUGGCGUGGAUGAAUUCCUCAGUUUACGGCGGUCUGUCCUGACCGAGUUGAACCGCUCAGACAUUGAGACUCCAGAUGAAGCCCCCCCGGGUGUGGAGGCAGCCCCUGGGGACGAACAAGUGGGGACAAACGUGGACGAAGAGACUAAAGCUCUGCAGAAGAGUAUUAUAUCUGCACGCCAGAAGAUUCACGAGGCAAAUGUUGUAGAAGCAAAAGCAUUGUGGAGUUAUGAGGAUGCCAUCAAGAGGCCAUAUUUCCAUGUGAAGCCACUAGAGAAGAGCCAGUUGACAGCCUGGAGGAAUUACCUUGAUUAUGAAAUUAAGCAAGGAAAAGCAUCCAGAGUCAGAGUGUUGUUUGAGAGAUGCCUCAUAGCAUGUGCCUUGUACGAGGAGUUCUGGAUGAGGUAUAUAAGAUACCUAGAGGAAUCAGGAGCACAAGAAAGUGAAGUCCGUGCAAUCUACCAAAGGGCCUGUCUCAUUCAUCUUAGAGACAAGUUCAGACCACACCUUUCCUGGGCAGCAUUUGAAGAAGAGAAAGGUGAUGGAGACCGAGCCCUUGAGAUCCUAGAUGAUAUACAGACAAGAGUUCCUGGAAGUUUGGAAGCUUGGAUGCAGGCUGCUGGGGUUGAGCGUCGCAGGGGUAACAUGGAAGCUACAAAAGAAGUAUUUGAUCGCUGCCUAGCGAUCUGCCAAGAAAGGGAAGAUAAGAAUGCACACUCGCAUGUAUCGCUCAAGUAUGCGAGGUUCCACACUUUGUUCUGUGGUGACACAGACAAGGGAGUUGAGAUCCUCAGAGAAGCUCAUGAAUAUAACAAGAAUAACAGCAAUGUGUUGCUAGCAUUGGUGGAUCAGGCUCUCCUGUGUCAGCCUCCAAAAUUUGCUAUGGCAGCAGAAAUCUUGAAAGAGGGGCUUGAUUCCUGUCAGCAACCUGGAACCAGACUGAUGUUUGCUCACAGAUAUUUCCACUUCAUGUCUGAAUGUGGACAAGAGACAGACAGUGUGACCAAUGGCCUGCGUGUUUUAAGGGAAGUUCAGAUGGAGGUGAGACAAAUGGAUGCAUGUGCGUCAGAAACAGAUACUGCAAGUAAUACCAGCAAGCAAGGAGAUGCAGCCAGUGGGGGUAUCUCUGUCAUUGAGUCCCGGCGAGAGAAGAGAGGGAGCCAAGAGAAGACCAGUCCCAGCCCUGUCAAUGGCACAACAGGAACAACACAGCAACAACAGGCAGUUAACACAAAUUACCAAGGCUACCAGCAGGCAGGAUAUGGUGGCUACAACCAGGGCUAUGCACAGGGCUAUGGAGCUUCACACUACCAAGGAUGGGGCUAUCCAGCUCAACAGGGUGGUUAUGGUUAUGGACAGCAGGGUUGGGGGGCAUAUGGAAGUUACUAUGGUCAGAGAUAAGAAUGAAAUCAUUCUUUUAAUUUUACUCCUUUUAAGUGAUUCACAGAUAUAAGUAAUCCUCCAUGUGUAAAGCAUGAUUGUAUAUUGGAAUGCUUUGUUAACAGGAUUUCCAAGUUGUCUAGGAGAUUGCAUCACUUUUUGUUGUAUGGUGAGUAAUGAUAAAGUUCUUGAUAUUCACUUAAGCCUUUCAAGUUUAGAUAUUUGUAUUGCGUCUCAUUAUGAUGAACUUAGUUCAUAUGUCUUGAAUGUACGAUGGAGUAUGUAUGUCUUUGGCAAUUUAGUAAUACUGUGAAUAAAUGUGAUUGCAAAAGGUAGUCUGCAUGAGACCAUACAAACCAGAGAAACUGUUUGAAAUCUGGAAAAUUAUAAAUCCCAUCUUUAGCAUAUUUGAUUAAGCUAUUAAGUACAGUUGCAUAGCACUAUAUUUAGGAAAUAUUCAGUGCAGAACUUGUGUAGAAACUUUGUGAACCAAGUGAUGGGAAGUAAGGCUUUCAAUAUGUAGUGUUUGUUUCAGUGAUGGGUAAAAUAUAUAACAAAGAGGCCUGGGUCUCCCAUUUUUAAAUUUUAAGAAAAGUUGCUUGUACACAAAAAAAAAAAAAAAAAAAAAUCUGGCACGAGAAAUUAAGAAUGUUUGCAUACAGAUUUUGUACAGAUUUUACUUUUUUGAAAGUUGACUAAUAAAGAAUAAGAAAUAUCUUUGAAAAUCGAGACUGGUAUUGUAAUUUGAAAAAUCCUUUUUUGUCUUUUGUAGAAGAAUAUAUUUCAUUGAUAGAUGCUGUGUAUACCAAUUUGGUAUAAAGUUUCAAGUUAAAAGGCUUUUAUACCUUAUUUUUACAGUAUGCUUCUUUUUACUUUGUUCUACAGCUAGUAGAGACCAAUGAAGUAAAUAGUUAGAACAUUUAUGGUUCAAAAUAUUUUAUUUUCUCAUAAGGAUUCCCUUCUAAAGUGUAGAAAAUGACAGAAAUGAGUAAAUGAUAGAACUGACAGUGAAUAUUUUUAUAGAUGCUGUAUGAAUAUAAAAAGUAAUUAAGUUUACUAAAAUCCAUGUUCAUAAAACCAAAUAAGAAACUAAUUUUUUGUCUGUGUCCUAAGUUAGUCUUACUUUUAUCACUUGCAGUCGACAAUCAUAUCCAUGUCUGCCACAUAGGUGAAUUGAUAUGCCAAACGGUCGUUUACUCAUUGAAAUGUUUUGAAACAUUUUGAGCCACUUAUUAAAUUGAAUUGUUUA